CAGGGCGCGCGGUCGCACAGGCAGGCAGGCACAGCUAGCUCCCGAUCAGCAAGAGCUUCCGCGUUCCGCGUUGCGCGCACUCGGCUCCAGCGAGUUUUUGAACUCUUGCGCAGCUUGCUAGCUCGUUCGACAGCCUGCCAUGCCGGCCUUCGCGGGUGGCGCAGCGGAGCCGCCGCUGGCGGACAGCUACAACGCGCUGCUGUUCCGGCGCUGCUGCGGCGGCGGCGUCGACGACGAUGGCGCGCGCGCGGCGGCGCCCGUGGCGGAGUGCGAGCUCCCGAUGAUCGACGUCGCGUGCCUGAUGAGCGGCGGCGGCGGCGGCUCGGAGGCGGAGCGGGCGGCGUGCGCGGCGGCCAUCGCGCGCGCGUCGGAGGAGUGGGGGUUCUUCCAGGUGCGCAACCACGGCGUGGCGCCGGAGCUCCUGGACGCGAUGCGGCGGGAGCAGGCGCGCCUGUUCCGCCUGCCGUUCGAGGCCAAGGCCUCGGCCGGCCUGCUCGGCGGCUCCUACCGCUGGGGCACCCCGACCGCGACGUCGCCGCGGCAGUUGUCCUGGUCCGAGGCCUUCCACGUCCCGCUCGCCGCCGUCUCCGGCGACGCCUGCGACUUCGGCGGCCUCACCACCCUGAGGGACGUGACGCGGGAGGUGGCGGGCGCGAUGUCGAAGCUGGCCGGCACGCUGGCGCGCGUGCUCGCCGAGGCCCUCCGCCCCGGCGCCGCCGGGGAGCGCUUCCCGGAGGGGUGCGACGAGACGACGUGCUUCCUCAGGCUGAACCGGUACCCGCCGUGCCCCGCCUCGCCGGAUCCGGACGGCGCCGCCUUCGGCCUGGUGCCGCACACCGACAGCGACUUCCUCACCGUGCUCUGCCAGGACCACGUCGGCGGCCUGCAGCUCAUGAAGGGCGCCCGGUGGGUGGCCGUCAAGCCAAUCCCCGGCGCCCUCAUCGUCAACGUCGGAGACCUCUUCCAGGCAUGGAGCAACAACAGGUACAAGAGCGUGGAGCACAAGGUGAUGACCAACGCGACGACGGAGCGCUACUCGGUCGCCUUCUUCCUCUGCCCGUCCCACGACUCGCCCAUCGGCGCGUGCGCGGAGCCUUCUCCUUACAGGACGUUCACGUUCGGGGAGUACAGGAGAAUGGUGCAGGAAGACGUCAAGAGAACCGGGAACAAGAUCGGGCUCCCUAAUUUCCUCGUCUAGGUUUGCGUGGCGCGCGAGAUGUGUGGUCUGUUAUAUAUACAAGUCACAACCCUUAUUUCCACACACCCAUCCUUGUUUCUUUCUGGCCCUCGUCAUCUCAUGUUUCAUUCUCUUUCUGUAUACCUGCAUUGUACAGUGGAGAGUGCAGUGUGAUUGGUGCAGUACGUGAUUAGUUACUAGGUUGUACGUAGACUAAUUGAUGUAGCCAGCUACUAGCCCACAAGAAAGUAGUAGGAUCGAUCGCGAGCGUGCACCUAGGAUAUGUAGCGAUGAUGAUUUUUUCCCCUGUUGAUUGUCUUCCUUAUCCUAUACUCCUGCUAAAACAUGUUUGUAUGCCGAUGAAAAUUUCUAUGUUUGUGCAUGCAUGUACAAGAAGUACUGAACUGUACUUUUAUAUUGUACACUUCUGUCA